AUGGCUGGAAAUCUAGCACACGAUAAAAAGAAGCUACCAAGAAAUUAAUGCAAUUUUGGUUUUAAUAUAUAUUUAUAUGCAGUAACGUGAUAUAAAUAUAUCAACAAAAAGAAAUACUACUAUAAUACCAGUUUCUUGCAUCUGGAAACCUCAUCUCAAUUCUCAACUGAACUGACUUCAUAUAAGUAUUCUCACACACAAGAGAUAGAGAGGGAGAGAGAGAGAGAGAGUUGCAAGAAGGUGGUGGAAAAAUUGUGAUGAAUUGUGGAAUGGUGUCGGGUUUCUAUUGCUGGGGUUGGGAGUUUCUAACGGCUCUUCUUCUUUUCUCCGCCGUCGCCGUCGCCCCGGCUAUCUAACUUACUUUCUCUCUCUAACAUUUAACUUACACGAAGCUUAUGUUUAUGUAUAGGGAUUGGAUAAAGAAAAAUAGAUUUUAAAAUAUAAAUUAGGAAGCAUUUGAGUGUGAUGGAGUGCGAGAGCGAGAGAGAGUUGGUGGAGUAUGUGAGGAAGGCGUCGCCGCCGCCGUUCCUGCUGAAGACGUACAUGAUGGUGGAGGAUCCGGCGAGCGACGCCGUGAUAUCGUGGAACGACGGCGGCACGGCGUUCGUGGUGUGGCAGCCGGCGGAGUUCGCCAAAGACCUGCUGCCCACGCUCUUCAAGCACAGCAAUUUUUCAAGCUUUGUCAGACAACUCAAUACUUAUGGAUUCCACAAAGUUGCAACGAAUCGGUGGGAGUUCAGCAACGAGAGGUUUCGAAAGGGCGAGAGGGACCAACUCUGCGAGAUCCGGCGGCGGAAGGCAACGUCCAACAAGCAACAGCGCAACGUACAAUUAGUCCAAGCAGCAACGAGUGAUCAUUCCGACAACGAAGAGCUUUCGACAUCAUCGUCGGAAAUCACGAACCUCACCGACGAGAACAAGCGCCUCAAGCGGGAAAACGAUGCUCUCAACUCGGAGCUCCUGCUGCUCAAGAGGAAAUGUCAGCAACUUGUUGAUUUGGUAGCUGUUUCUGGAGACGCACAAAAACGCCCACGCCCGCUUCAACUGAGAGAAGACGGCGGCCAGGCUUUGAAGCUUUUUGGAGUGAGAUUGGAAGUUGGGAGUGAGAGAGUUGUGUCUCAAUUCUGCAAAAUUAUUUAGGAACGUACUUGAUCAUUUCUCAAACUGUUUAUUGACCUGAGAUCAUGAUCACUUGUUAGUUUGAGAUUAUAGUUUUAAAAUAUUCUAGAUUGUAUGACAGAUUUCAAAGUUGAAAUCAUACAAAUUGAAGUGAAUGAAGAAAUGAAAAUUUUAUAUUUUA